AUGUUUGGCGUCAGGCAUUCGGAUGUGUCCAUCCAGUGGAAUCCAGUUGUCACUUUAGUGUCAGCUUGCUUUUCUCACCUUGAGGGCGAUGGACAUUGCGAGGAAGGUUUCAGAUGUGUGUCUCGAAUUUCAAAGUUUGGUACCGGCCACUGGGGCCAAGUGGAUCCUGGAAAAGAAAAAAUUGCUGAGGAUGCCAAUUCGGCUCCGGUGUACGAGUGGGGAUGCCCAUUUCAAGGAGAAUGGACCGAGAACAGAUAUGAAAGUGGUCCUGGAGACGACCAGUGCACUGACGAUGGUGAUUGCAUUUGCAUCGCACGUGGAUCUCCAAAUAUGCACACCGAGCUUGAAAGUGGCCACGAAAAGGUCAUCGGCCGAUUUGAGACAGAGUCCAGCAAAGCCAAUCUGGGUCACGAGCCCCAAUUGAUGACUGUCAUUCCACACUACUUCAUGAGAACAAAGGAUGGUGCCCCGUUUGACAUCGAAAAUCCGCACUCCGGCCUCGGCGUUGUGAAAGAGUUCGAUAGAGAGGAGUGGCUCCUCAAGUACAAGGAAGAAGCGCCAAAGAUUCAGGGCGCACUUGACAAGCUUCGAGCAGCAAUCGAUGCAGAGUACCGCAGCAAGGUCCAGGACGGAGCUCCCUUUGUUUGUGAUGGCGCUCAACCUCCUGGAGAAGAGCCAUCCUUGACCAAAGAGCAGACACAGCUGGGUCUCAUGCGAGUACGCCGCUUCCAAGUCCUUGCUGCUGACUGCGUCAACAUGCAGGACACAGCUGCAAAACUUGCUGGCAGACCUGAGGAGGAGUCCUUUGCCCCCUCCGGCAAGACAGAGGGCGGGGAUGAGUUGAAGUGCUACAAAAAGAAGGACUCUGCUGAAUGCCAGCAGAUGAACUGUUACCGUGGUUUCGAGGACCAGGGCUUCCUUGAUCGGCUACAGCUCUACAAAACACAGCUGGACUCUUGCAGUCCGGAGGAGGACACCAAGACGGCAGAAGCAGCGGCUGGAAGCUUGCCCAAAGCUCCAAAGACAGACAAGGGCGCUGCGGGCGCUGCACCGUCUCCGAAGGAGGCAGAGGAGGCAGGCCUGAAGGAGGCGGACAUGAAGGAGGGAGGCAACACGGAAGAGCCGACCGAAGCCACGAAGCCGACCGAAGAACCUGCAGAAGGAAAGCAGCAGUCCGUUCAACCGGCAUUGCUGGGGGCUGCCUUUUGCCAUCCAGGCUGCGCUCACAAGGCCCGAAGAAAGUAUCGGCGCGCCAACUUCCUGUGA